GUCAGAUCCAUUUAUAAAUUAUAGAAGUAUUAUUGCUGGGUUGGAAUGUUCUGUUUGAAGGUGACGAGCACACAAUUGAAUGAGUAAAACAUAUAAUACGAAACUACACAUGUCUAAUAGUAAAGGGGGAUAACUGUAGCUAUGGCAAGGAACGAAGAAAAGCAACUUGCCCGAUUAAACAGGUUUUACUUACAAAAAGACAAGGAAGAGUAUUUGAAGAAGAAUCCACCAAGACCCAAGUUAGACACACUCAAUACAGCUGCAGAUAUCCAGAAAUGGCUGCCAUCUAUCAAGAAAGAAAUAGAAUUUUGUGUAAAGCAAAGCAUGGUAACAUGCUACCCAGAGGGCACUGUAAAGGAGUUUUUGAGUCGUGUGGAUAAACUUAAAGGAGAAUAUAGAGCUUUCAUCCGGCGUCUUCGUGAGGUAAACCCAAAUCUACAAGCCACUCCUUGGACUGACCGCCCAUAUGCUGGCCAGAAGAGAGGUGCAGGCCAACAGUCUGAUGAAUCAUCUGAUGCUGGAGUGGAUGCUGAUCCUGGUACUGCCAGUAAAAAAGUCUGCCUUCCAGCCACUUACAACCCCCAUCUUAGACGGUGAUCACAACUUCAGACAUGAAUAUGGCCAUGUGGAAUGUCCACUGAUUGUCUAUAGUGUGAAUACAGACCUGCAUGACUUGCCUCUUGAUUUCUGCAAAGCAGGUCAGACAUAUGGAGAAUGUAAACGGCUUGGUAAAGAGUCACCAUAAAGGGGAAGGUGAUGUGGAAGCACCUGAAGCCACUCCCCUGGGCCAGCAGUGUAGCCAGUCAACACAUGAUGGUGCAGUGACCACAUGCAGUGUCCAGAGUACAGUGGUUGCUUCAUGUCUGGACAAUGUCCAGGCAGGUAAUGUUACAUCAGGCAGUGUUCCAUCACUCAAUUUGCCCUAUUCAGACAGUGAGGACAGCAGUGACUAGGCUGAAAACACAAAAUGCACAGAGUUUACUCUGUUCAUAGGACAGAAAGUGAAAUCCUUUGUAUGAAACACAUCCAGGGCUCCCUUAUAGUUAUGUGAAUGUGAGAGAUGGAGAUUGUGGCAUCACUUCCUCAAUGAAAAGAUUUGGAUUUGUAUGGGUCCAGGCUGUAUAUGUCACAACAGAAUGGAUAUAUUUACGAAUUAUAUAUACCCUUGAUGAUUGAGUUUUAGUGUACCAUGUACAAUCAUGUUCAACCACUUGACCUUGGUCAUGACAACAAACAUGUACAUUCUGUAUAUUUGCUGGGGAAUUGGUCUGGCAAUGGGUGCAAGAAGAAUUGGCAAAGGAUAGUCCAGGGGAAGAGUUAGGCUAUUUCAUCCCAAAAGAAGAACAGGCCAGGGUAGGGUUCAGACAAGAACAAAGGCAAUAUGUUGUAUGCAGUCUACAUUCACUUCAAAGGAGGACUCACGCCGAAGACCUGGGUUCGAAUCCCCACAUGGGCACAAUGUGUGAAGCCCAUUUCUGGUGUCCCCCGCCGUGAUGUUGCUGGAAUAUUGCUAAAAGCGGCGUAAAACCAAACUCAGUCAGUCAAAGGAGGACACAUGUGAUAUAUCAUUAUUAAAUCCGUCAAUCAGGAGUCACUUUGUACCUCUGUCAUAUUGUGUUUGACACUGACUACAGACUGUGUCCCCAUGUGUCAUUGUUCUGCACUUGAAUGCUGUAUCGUUGCUGCCAGGGCUUUCUUUGCCUGUAUCAUUGCUGUCUAUUUCUUCAUGAUUACAAACCUAACAUUCAGAAUAUCAGUUUGUCUAUGUUAUCGGGCCUUAUACAUAGUUUGGAAUAGGUUCUUUUUAUUGCAACUCUCUCUUUCUGCUGAGGAUGUAUUCUCAUUCUUCAUCUUUUGUCUGUAGCCGUUGCUGUUGAACUAGGUCCGUAGUCAAAAGUACCAACAAUACAAACAUAAUUUAAGUUGAUUUUGUUUGCUACCCACAAAUAGCUGCAAAAUUGCUGAUGCGGCAUUAAGCAACACUUACUCACACUGGUCUCGUUUGAGAGAUGGAUUUUCUGUGUCUAAGCUUAUCUUAGUUGGGAGCACCAUUAUUUGCAUCCUAAAACUAAACUGCAACAAAAUAAAAAGUUAUUUUAAUCCUACUUAAGAGUAAAAAAUCAGUAGUAGAUUGCUUUUAUUCUGAUGGCCUGUGUACCACAACUGGUGUAUCACUAAUGCCACACACAUUACACUUGAUCUGAAAACAUAAAAACAGCUAUGUGGGUUUGUGAACAUUAUUUUAUUUCCUGAAAUGCAUUGGAAUAAACUGUUUUCUCUAUUUGCCUUCAAAAGGAACAGCACAGAGGAUUGAUAUUAGAAUGAUCAAUUGUACAAGAAUAUCACUGACAAACACUGAACUAACAUUCUCAAACAUAAGUGUUGUCAACAUAUUGCUGUAGUUGUAUUUGUGAAAUACAUAUGAUUUCAAAGUCAUGCUAAAGAGUUAGAUGGGCACAAGUAAUUACCACAAACACGUCAAAUAGCUGAUAUGUAUUACCAUGAGUAAAAGCAGGUAAGUAGCACCAAGAUAUACAAGCUUGUAUCAUGAGAUUACAUCCAGGAUGACGACAUACAGAUGUACACAGGGAGGUCACCUUCACAGGAGAGGCUGCCAUUGGUGUCUAUGUUUGCCUCACAACAAAUAUGUCUAUUAUUCAUCUGACAAAGAAUGUCUUAAAUCUCAUUUAAAGAAACAGAUCAAGAUGACAACUUUUAAAUGUGUACAAAUAAUGUACACCUUUAGUCACAACUGUUUUGGACCAACCUGCAGCCUCCCCUGUGCUGACCUUCAUGAGUACAUAUCGUGAUCGCUGUCCAUCUGUGCAAUCAUUUACUAUUCUUGACAGUCUUUUGCGUUACAGUGAUAUGCAUUUUGAAAGAAUUUCAGGUUUUGACAAACUAUGAGGAAUGUUGAUGGUCCUAUAUCACAAAUAUUGCUACCGAUAUUUGUACAGGAAAACAAUGUUUCACAACACAGUCGAGUGAGAGCUUUAAUGACCAUGCUAUUCUACUAUCAGCUGAUAUAUAUAUGCUGUUUUAAAUUGCUAUGCCAAGGCAUUAGUGUAAGUUUAUCUUAAUUAAUUUCUAACAGAAAGUAUUUUCAGUGUUGUUUGGAAACUGCAGUUUAAAAUGGGUUACAGUAUGAAAAACACAUACCUGAAAGCAGUAAGUAAUGCCAGUGCAACACAUACUGUGUAGGCAACUUUAAUGAGAUCAGCAGACCUGAAGUGAAGGGUGUUGCACGAGUUAGGUAUUAGAUUUUAGGUAUGUUUAGAACUUAAUAAUGUGACACAGCUCCACAGAUCAUCUACUGUUGGUGCUCACGCAAAGUGUGUGUAUGUCAAAUCAACCUGUAAGUGUUCAAUGUCUGUCCAAGUAUGCUCAACUACUCAUAAAUUUAGUUCAGCAUAUCACAUCAAAAUAAAUGAAACUUAAGUUGAUAUUAAAAUUGACGUCUUUCAAAUUUU